AUGGCUGAUAUCGGCAGUCUCGAGGAUGACAUUAAGCAAUACCAAGAGCAGGCAAGCCACCUAGCAUCGAUUCCCGCCCGCCAUCACAGUCUUAAGGACGACCCUGGUAAUGCUGAGCUUCUCGCCCUCAAGUCUGAGUUAGAUGAUGCGCUCGCGCUGUUGAACGAGACCCUUGCUGAAUUGAAGCCGACAAAGGCACCAACCUCGAAGCCGAAAGCCCCAUCGCCACCGCCCGUCCAGGAGAAAUGGUCGAGAGAGAACCAUCCCGCCCUGAAGAAGGCCGCCCCGGUCGAGGAGAAGGAUGCUGACCCCGGCCCCGUCAAUUACAAAGUCAACGACACCGUCAUGGCCAAAUGGGUUUCGGGGGAUAAGUCCUUCUACCCAGCACGCAUCACCUCUAUCACCGGUUCGUCCACGGCGCCAAUUUACGUCGUCAAGUUUAAGAGUUACGACACUACUGAGCAGCUACGUGCCAAGGACAUCCGUCCGAUCGCCCAGAAGAGGAAGGCCGACGGUACGCCCAUUAACAAUGCCACCGCAUCGUCGUCUGCCCCGUCCCAACCAGUCGCUCCACCCAACCAGCCCAUCCCCGGCGUCAUAUCGGCCGCAGCCAGCAUAAACCCAGACCUGGCGCAGAAGAAUAGAGAGGAAGCGUUGAAGAACGCCGGAGAGGCGAAGCCCAAGGCGAAAAAGCUCAAGGCAACGAAGGAGCUGGAGGCCGGUAAGAGCAAAUGGCAAGACUUCAACACCAAGUCCAAGUUCGCGAAGGCACACAAGACUAAAAAGGAGAGCAUGUUCCGGACGCCGGAAGGUGUUCAUGGUAGGGUUGGCUUCACGGGUUCGGGGCAGGCGAUGCGAAAGGAUCCUACGAGGAGCCGCCAUAUCUACCAAGCUAACGAUGAGUUGGACUAA